UUCUGGUUUGCCCUAAUAGCCAAUGCUACUUAUUCCGGUUUAGUUCGUCUCACUCAACACAAACAAAUAAUCACAAUCACCCGGUGCUCUCAGGAAGACCCGACAAGUGUCUCCGAAUGAAGAAGCUUAAGAAAGUCGAUAAUGAGAAGAAAAAGAAGUUGCAAAAAGGAACUGAAGAUGAUAUGGCUGGAGGCUUCGAGCUCAAGCGCCUUAGAGUCGAGGAGGAGUCUUCCUCUUGGUUGCAAAGAUGUAAUGAUGACUCCCAGCAUCGCCAAGUCAAGCACAAGAGAGUCAAGAAAGAGUGUGCCUCUAGGUUGCAAAGAUGUAAUGAUGACUCCCAGCAUCGCCAAGUCAAGCACAAGAGAGUCAAGAAAGAGUGUGCGUCUAGGAAGCAAAGAGGAACUGAUGCCUCUCGAGGAGGCUCUGAGCAUCACCAAGUUCAGCACAAGAAAGUCAAGCAUAAGAGAGUUGAUCCCGGCGAUAUCUCUCACUUGUUUGAUAUCGUGAAGCGAAUAAAACUUGGACAUGCAAAGAUGGCUUUGGAAUUUUAUGAGAAGAGACAGGAUGCUGAGUUUGAAGUUUUAGAAGUCCUAAAUUUUACUAGUUCGGAAUUACUACACCCCGAAUCUAAUAAGUGGUGUCAAUCAUGGAGUCAUGUCAACUUCAUUGCUAAACCAAAGAACACUGACUGCAACGUCUCUCCAAAACACUUCUUUGGUGAAUUCUUUAUAGAUGAUGAUUCAAGGAAAUUCAAUGUCACCUACUGUUCUACAUUUGAGCCCAGUGAUGAUCCUGGAUUCAACCAUGGUUGCAUAUUUUGCCCACCGGGUGAGAAAUUUCAUCCUUCCGAUGGAGAUUUUGUUGCUCGUCCGCCAUGGUAUAAAAGGAGUGGUAUAAAACUAGGAUAAUAUAUGGUUAGUUUAAGUGGGCACUGGUAUCUAUAUAAUAUUGGCUGGAACAAGGUUGGAGUUUUUGGUUGAAACUACGACAGUUGAAAGAAAACUUAAUUUAUGUAUUGGAUUUUACACUAUAUAUUUAUCUGUUUAAAUACUAAUAUGGUGAAUUAUAUAUUUUUUAUGCAUGAACUUUCAUUGAA